AUCAAAGACCUGAGCUCAUGCUCUUUCCCAGCGGUGCCGGACCAUGGCCAGUGUCAUCUUGUGCUUGGAAUACAGGGCAGCUGCUCCUUGCUAAUCAGGGGGCAGAAAUCCCCUUCUUCAUACAUAAACACCUCCUCUGCCCUGGGUCUGGGCAUGUUUCUGCACCUGGGCAUCACCUUUGCUAAUGUGAGAGCUAUAGCCACAAGGUGACCCAUCAGAGGGAUUUAUUCUCCUGCUGGGAUCAAAUCCUGGUACCCAAAGGCUCACAGCCUAAGCUGGCCCCUGAGCUGUGGCUCUCUGGGAUGCAAUGGAGUGAGGCCAGGCAUCUCGCAUGGUCCUUGCAAUCAAGGACCCAGCUGAGGAGCGAUGCUCUCCUGCUGGCUGUGGGGCAGCAGCUUAUUUACUGAUACAGCAUCACCCGCUGCCGUUAUCUCUGUGACGCAUGGGCUCAGGAAUCCCUGGCAUUCCUACGCCAGUGCCAAGCUCAAGGUACUUUAAACAUGAAGGAGAAGGCCUGGACCACUGACAACAGCAGGGCUGGGGCAUUGGCUCCUAAGGGAAAGGCAGAAGGUUUUAUACUUGCAUAUGGGUGGUUUUGGGGACGCUGAGCCAGAUGCAAACUCCAAAGCUGGUGGGAUUCCUACUAGGAGCAAGCUGGGCCAUGUCUGCCCCAAAAGCUUUCCAUUUCUUUUCAUUUUCUCCAAAAUGGCUCAACUCAGACAUCCAAAUCAGAGGCUUUCCACUGUCACUGAGGCCUGCCAGGGACAUCUCAAAGGACAGAGAGGGAUUUAGGGUAUGAAACAGAGCAUCCCUCAUAGGGAGCCAAUGGGAUGCUUGCAUUCCCUGGCAGGGAAAAAGAGUUAAAAGACACUCAAAAGAAGGGCCAAAGAACUCAAUUACGAGUCUUGAAAACACAGAUGGUGCCUUUUUAAGCAGCUUUCCCUGUUCUCCAACCGUGAGGAGCUCGCAGGGGGUGGGAUACAGGCUGGGAUGCUGUGCAUGGGGAAGGGAGCGAUGAGAAGAGGGCCUCGCCUCCAGCUUCUGCUGUUCCAAGUUCAUUUCCUUGAGGGCAACCAAACAAACACAAGCAAAAGAGCUGGGGAAGGGCAGCAGAGAGAAAAAAUGAGAGGUUUUGUCCCUGCAGCCGAUGACCUCAGUGCUGAAAUGGGGUUUGUUCAGCCCUGGCUGAGAACAGCCGUGCUCAUGUCAGUGAUGAGGGCUCUCCGUCAGCUGCUCCUGACCGAGCAUCGCGGUCCCACAGGGGAUGCGGGGGGAUGUGUAAAGCCCCAGUUUGCGCUGGAGCUGUGAGCACAUCAGCAUCCAAGCGGAAAACCGAAGUCCCAGGGGGGCCAAUGGCGCCGGGAAGGAACAGUCCCUGCGUAAGGGAUGGGAAACACCCGGAUCGGGAUCACGGACCCUGCUCCUGCUCUGCCAGUUCCCCAGCAGCCUUGAAACCCCCCUUAUCACCUUCUAACCUAAACAAGUCCCUUUGUACCAGUCUCCCCGUCUCCAGCCUCUGCUGAGUUUUAUAAACAACUGCCCAAAGAGGCUGACAAAGACGUUUUCUCUCGCCUUGGGCAGCCCAGGAACGGGGGGUCCCAGCACCCCGGAAAUGACGGGGUCAUGCGUCCCCUCUCCCUGCACCCACGAGGGCUGGCCUUUGGGUACCAUUGGUCCCCAAGCGGGAGCCCAGGGGCGGACAGCUCAUGCUGCUGGGGGGAUAUAAGGCUGGAGGAGCAGCCUGGGCUCUCUGUGCUGGGGUUUGCUGGAAGAGGGAAGGAUGGGACCCAGAAACGCCUUGAUCCUCGCUCUUCUGUGCUGGGCAGCGGGCGAGGCGGCUGCCUACACUCCCUGGGACUUCUCCUGGGCUGACCUGGCGAGCCGGGGGGUGCAGGCAGACCCCCAUGCAUGGCCCUGGCUGGAAGACCCCCAUUCCCGAUCCAUCUCCAGCAGCCAGCCGGUGGUGGUGCAGUGCCAGGAGGCUCAGCUGGUGGUGACGGUGAACAGGGACCUGUUCGGCACCGGCCGCCUGGUCAACGCGGCCGACCUGACGCUGGGGCCAGCAGCGUGCAAGCAUUCCUCACUGAACCAGAACUCCGUCGUCUUCACCGCCGGCCUCCACGAGUGCGGCAGCGUUGUGCAGAUCACGCCAGAUUCCCUCAUCUACCGCACGCUCCUCAACUACGACCCCAGCCCUGCCAGCAACCCCGUCAUCAUCCGCAGCAACCCCGCCGUCAUCCCCAUCGAGUGCCACUACCCCAGGAGGGAGAACGUGAGCAGCAGCGCCAUCCGGCCAACCUGGGCUCCCUUCAGCUCCACGCUGUCGGCGGAGGAGAAGCUGGUGUUCUCCCUGCGCCUCAUGAAUGAGGACUGGAGCGCGGAGAGACCCUUCACUGGUUUCCAGCUGGGUGAUGUCCUCAACAUCCAGGCGGAGGUGGGCACCGAGAGCCAUGUGCCGCUGCGGCUGUUCGUGGACAGCUGUGUGGCUGCCCUGAGCCCCGGCACCGACUCCUCACCCCAUUACUCCAUCAUCGACUUCAACGGGUGCCUGGUUGAUGGGAGGUCGGAUGACACCAGCUCUGCCUUCAUCACCCCCCGGCCCCGCGAGGACAUGCUGCGCUUCAGGAUCGACGUGUUCAGGUUCGCGGGGGACACCAGGAACCUGAUCUACAUCACCUGCCACCUGAAGGUGACCCCAGCGGAUCAAGCCCCGGACCCCCUGAACAAAGCCUGCUCCUUCAACAAAGCCAGAAACACCUGGGCCCCCGUGGAAGGCACCCGGGACAUCUGCAGCUGCUGCGAGACCGGGAACUGCGAUUCCCCCGCGCAGUCCCGCAGGCUCAACCCCCUGGAGCGAUGGCCGGGCCGCCGCUUCCGCCGCCACGAUGCCAAGGGGAAAGAGGCUGAAGCCGACGUGGUCAUCGGCCCCGUUCUCCUCUCGAGGGUCCCGGAUGCCGUGGGGGAGCAGCAGGAGGGGGGUCACGGUGAAGCGACAGCGAUGCCCGGCAUAGAGAUGUGGCUGAUAGGCGUGGUGGCCGGCGUGGGGCUGGCCGCCGCUGUGGGGCUGGCCGCUGUGGGGCUGGCCGUCGCUGUGGGGCGCAGGAGGUGCGCCCGUGCCUCGGCGUGAGCGUAGAGCGAGAGCCAAAUAAAGCCAUGGAACAACGAA